CGUGAGCACGCGCCAUGACUUUGGACGAAACAUGCUAAGACAGAAUGAGUCAGUGUUUCAUCUACAACAUACCUUUACUCCGCUCGUGCGUUUAUCCAAAAGCCUAGCGUAUAUCCAGAAGCAAACAAAAUGUUGAUCCGCGAACAGCGGUGCGUUCCAUGAAAGGUCAUAAACCGCUGUAUGUCAUCACCUGAAAAGGAAAUCGACAACCAUUCGGAGGUACCUCCAUCGGCAUAGCCCCCCUGCCAAUCCGUGCCACCAAGGCAAUCCGUGCCACCAAGGAAUGCUGAGAGACUGCGUGCAGUGCGGAGGAUCAGCCAAGCAACCGCUGGCGGAGUCCACUUAUCUUUCUGCGAACCUGAUCAAUAGUCAGCUGGCUAUUUCGUGCCGACAGAGACGUUCAAGAACCAACACAUUGUGGCAGUUUAACUCACUGUUCAUUGAAUGCCCUGUAGACAGAAUCAAAGUCUAGGUACCGUCUCUGUUGCGUUCUCAUCUGGUCCCUAAAAGGACAAGGUCAGGACGUACACGUCAAUCCUGUCAGUCCGCGAUGUCGGGCGCGUCGUAUUUGAUACUGUACCUAGCCGCAACUCACGCGGCUUAGU